AUGAUAACGGCCGUCAGUGCAAUUAGAGAUAGUACUCGCGCAAGUCGGUUCGGUAUGAUGCAUCCAAUGACCAUCGGUACGAACCCGCCAAAGAAGAAAGUGCUUAUGGCCCAUAAAGCGUCUUGGAAACAUCGGAGGAGUGGUUUCCCUUUGAUGCUGCUUCCAGUGAAAUUGGAGAGCCCCGAACCCAAAAUCCCUGCUGAGAAAAGACAUAUUGCUAUCUUGACUUGGGAUGGUGUCAUAUGA